AUUCACCUUAAUUCCGGCGUUUCAUUUCGACGGUAUUUUUGUUAUGCUAAAUUUCCCUAAUUUUUGUCAUUUUGGGCGUUUUUGUCGAAGAUUUUGAACGAAUAAACGUUACAUAAUAGAUUUAUGACAUACCUACCCUACACAUAGGUUGGAUUAAAAAGAAUAUCUGGAAAAGUUUUGCUGUUAGUUAUUAUCCCAAGGAAGAAUCGAUUAAUCGGGAUGGCAACGUCGUCAUUUUGGUUAAAUUUUUUUAAGGAUGCAGGAAUACCAGGCAAAGAAGCAAAGAAUUACGCAGUUAUGUUUACGGAGCAUAGAAUUAAGAAAGAUAUGCUAAUGGAUUUAAAUAAAGAAAUUUUAAAUAGUUUAGGUGUAACUCUCAUAGGAGACGUUAUUUCGAUAGUCAGACAUGCUAAGGAAGUUCAUUCUGAAUCUGCUAGAGAAAAAGUACUUGAAGGGGAUGGAAGUAAGCUUGUAUCAUUAAAGAAGGUGGGGUUUGGAGUUCCCGAAAGCAAAACGACAACCGUUAAGAAGCCAGUAGAGAAAAACAAGAAAUUAGCAUUGUCCGAUAGAUUGGGAGGUAAUAAUAAAACAAACACCAAAACAUCUAUAUCGGAGAGAUUAGGAAGAUUAGUUUCAGAUGAUCCACCAAAAGCUGUUCACUUGUCAAAUAUCGAAGAUGAUGAUUUUCCCCUCUCCACGAAGAUUAGAAAGGUUCCAGCAGACGAAGGAGCUUAUACAGUGAUAAAACCCAAAGGAACAACAGCUCUAACAAAAAAAAUUCUAUCCAAAGAAAAAAUUGGUGAUGAUAGCUGUAUAUCUUUGUGCGUACAUAGUUCGCAAUCGAAAAAAGUUGCUGAACCUCGAGUGACGAUUACGGGUUUAGGUGAUUUCUCAAAAGGCAAAGUUGAUGCUUUGGCAGGCCAAUCGUCGGUGUUCGGACGACUGGGAACGAAAGGUAAUAAACCACAAUCGUCCACUAAAUCAGAUGAAUCCGAAGAAGGAACGCUGAAAAGUGAUAAGAUCAACGUUCCUGUUCGAACAAGAUUAGGAGUAAAGCCGGUUAUAGCACCGGCUUCGUCAACAACACCCUCCAAAAGAGUGAGACGAACUAUAUCGGGUCCUAGCACAACAAAAUCGACAAUAACUGGGAUUAAAAAGUUAUCCGACAAACCUAGUCUCGUUAAAAAAAGUGCCGUGAAAGCAAGAUUAGGGUCAAAAAAAGCGGGACUAACACAAGCUGGGGUCUUCAGCCGGUUGGGAAUAAAAUGA